UAAAUGCUCAGUUUAUUGGUUCUCAUGUUGUUAUUAUUAUUUUAAAUAAUUACUAUCCCGGGUAAGACUUCAGAGUACCAGAUGGCUGCAACUCUCAUUUUUAAAAACCAAUUCCAGCAAUGGAAAAUGAGAACAGUUCCCUGUACAGAUUCCCGCUUACUAGACGAGUUCAUAAAAUCACCAAUAACGACUUGUCAGAGUCACUGAAGAGGAGGUUCCUCCCCCCAAAGCGGAUGUAGAUUUGCCAUCUCAUAAACCCUUGGGCAUCCAAUCUUGAAGACAGUAAGACAAGGACAGGCCCUUGGGCAGCAGGGAAGCUGGUCAGUGAUGCAAUAACGCCCUUCCACCGCCAGGGAGCAGCAGAGCCUGACCCCGGGCUCCUUACUCCACAGCAAACAAUUCUGAAUUCUCUCUAGGUUUUCCUGCUUGGCUGUUUGCAUGGUCCACCAAUCUCCAAGCGCACCGCAGCAGUAAUCCCGCCCAUUAUUGAUCAUCCAGCCAAUCAACUGGUGUCCUGCUUGGGGCCAGACCGGAUCGCUCCUCUCAGUCUUCCGAGCUCAGCGUUCAGCGCCCUAGCCCCGCCCCUCAAGUGGCUCCACCAAUCCCCCGCGGCGGAGCAGGGCGCACCCUAGGUCGAGUCCUGGAGACCACGUGGUCCCAGGAGGCGCCAGUGUUUGGUAGGCGGAGAGUUACCAGGCCCACGGACCGGAAGGGGGGGAGGGCGGAGCGGGACCGGCCGGCCUCGCCCCCUAUGAUCAGCUGUCUUGUGCCCUCUCCUAGCCAUGGUCGUGCAGCCCCCCAACUUCUCGUGGGUGCUCCCCGGCCGGCUGGCGGGGCUGGCGCUGCCCCGGCUCCCCGCGCACUACCAGUUCCUGCUGGACCAGGGUGUACGGCACUUGGUGUCACUGACGGAACGCGGGCCUCCGCACCACGACAGCUGCCCCGGCCUCACCCUGCACCGACUGCGCAUUCCAGACUUCUGCCCGCCAGGCCCAGAGCAGAUUGACCGCUUCGUGCAGAUCGUGGACGAGGCCAAUGCCCGGGGAGAGGCGGUGGGAGUGCACUGUGCCCUGGGCUUUGGCCGCACUGGCACCAUGCUGGCCUGUUACCUGGUCAAGGAGCGGCGCCUGGCUGCAGGAGACGCCAUCGCUGAGAUCCGGCGCCUCCGACCCGGCUCCAUCGAGACCUACGAGCAGGAGAAGGCAGUCUUCCAGUUCUACCAGCGAACUAAAUAAGGGACCUCAGCUCCAUUCUGCGGGGCCCCCAUGGCCCUGACCUGUGCGUUAGAUGGGGCCAGAGACAUUCACGUGGACUAAAAGUGCUAAUCCCUCCAGUGUCCAGCUGGGUCAAGAGACUAAAGUUGUUCUUCCUUCCCGGCAGGCAGGUCCUGGUAGGAGGGAUGGCUGGAGCUGCAUGGAUGUUGGGGAUUCCUCUGCUGCUGCCUUGAAUAAAUAAAGAACCAGCUCACAUGGCAUAGCACUUUACAAA